AAAUCCGUCAUUUAAAAGGCUUCUUCACUGUGGCAUCAUCAAUUUCUCAUCAGCCUAUCCUGUAACUGUUGGCUGCACUCUUCAAUCUGAGUAGCUGCACAAAUCAAGGAACAAGAAAAAGAAUAAACAAAUAAACAAUGAAUUCCCUUUCAGCAACUGGAUUUCUCCCAAAUCAUUCACGUAUUCACUGCGUAAAGCGUCGUCGCUUCUUCUCCAGAAUACCGGCCGUUUUCUCCAGCCUCAAAUCUUCGACUCCUCCUGUGGAAGUGGAUGAAUUGGGCGGAGAUGAUGUCUUGCAAGCUUUCUUCAGAGAGAGGAAAUCGGAUGGAGAUAUUAUUGCGAGAAUCUGCGAUGAACUUUGGUUAAGGGGUGCCAACGAAAAUUCUAGAAAUUUCGAGGAUGUUUCUGAUAAUAAGAACUUCAAUGCCGAACAGGCUUUGGAAGAGGAAAGUGAAGGCGGGUUUCUGAAAUUGAAGAAAACAAGUGAAUGGCUGUUGGGAGACGUUGACUCAGCACCAAUGAAUAAGAAAAUGACCAUGAAGGAAGUAGCAGACGGCAGUGAGAAAAGGAAAAGACUGAAUUUUCUCAGAUAUGAAGCUCUGAAGAGGGAGCUGCUUCUUUUGACUGUGGCCAUUGGAACUGCAUGUAGUGGAUACUGUCUCGUAACUUUAUCAGUCCAGGCUGCUGUGAGCUAUGCAACUGGAGUUCUUUUCAGUUGCUUGUACUUUCAACUACUAUGCAAACAGGCAGACAACAUAUCAAGGGAAAUGGUUCCAGAAAUUUUCAGAAAAAAGAAGCCAAAAAAAAUUGGGAUAAGAAGUGAGGACCUGCAAGAUUCAUUGGAGAAAACUCUAAAGGGUGCAGGUCUUGCCCUUUCAUCCCCAAGGCUCGUUAUCCCUGCUGCAAUAUACGGUCUGUGGGAACUGUCCCAACAUUUCACCCACGACAUUUUUGACUUUCAGCUAGUGCCAGCUAUGGUCGGCCUGUUUGCAUAUAAGGCAGCUGCAUUGGUACAAGUCUAUCGAGACAAUGAAGACCUUCAGCUUAUCUUUCCCGACGCUGCAGAUGGAUCAAGUGACUGAACUCAUGGAAUUUCACGCAUCACUUCUGUUAGUUCAAGGAGUUGGUUCGUUCUCAGCUAGCAGGUGAAUUAACUAUAACUGCUUUCCCUGCAUCAUACUUAGCCUACAUUUGUAAACCUUCCACGCCGUAUGCUGUAAAACGAGGACUUAUCCAUGGACAAUUGAUGUGGACUUCUUGACGCCCUCUCCUUUUAGUAAUGAUGCUAGAACGACUCAAACUAUUGUGAGGACUGAUGAUGGAGAUGGCCAAGUUUAGCAGUAGAUAUCGAGUAGAAUCAGACGAAUCAUGGAACGUCUUCCUUGUUAGGUCAGAUAUCGGAAUUCUUUGUGAAGCUCAAGUUUUUGCUCUCAUGUUGGCUCCACAGCCAUCUGGAUCAUGCAGAUUCACCAUUGUGAAAUGGGGGUGGAUUCUUGCAGUAUGAAGUAGAUGUACGUAUGUAUAUAAAGACGCUUAUAUGAGUCGCUUCUUAGAUUGGUUUCA